UCCCCUCUGUUAAAGGAUAAAAAAGCAAAAGGCGCCGAAAAUCGCGGGAAAGUGGGGCCGCAUUCGAAUAGAAGUCCAACUGCCUUGGGCAACCCCAAUUCACCUUCCAUUCUUUGCCCGGAUCCACCAUCGGACGUCUGAGAUAUCGCCAUCUCCUUCGCCAACGGGUCCAAAGCUCUUGUACACCUUCCUCUCCCUCCCUUCCCUGUCCAUCUCUGCAAUGAAAUCACUCUCCCCUGGAAUUCUAGGGUCUUAUCUCUUUGCAAUCGUAAGGCUUUCCUGAAACUUUUGCGUUUUAUCGAUUGAUUUUCUGAGUAUUUAAGGGUUUCUGGCAACCCCAAAUCUUUGUUUGAGAAGAUCUGUUUCACAUUGGCUUCUCAAUCUCAUUUAUUUCUCAUGAAAUUAGGGUUUCUCUGUAUAAUGCAUAUGGGGUUCUUAUAGAGUUCUAGUUCUUUAGCUUCAAAGCCUUUUUUUUUUAAAAAAAAUAUUAUUUGGUGGGUAUAAUGUUGUCUUGGAAAGAGAAGGUUACGCAGAGGUUAUCUCGUCUUUUUGCUGAUUCACCUUCCUCUUCUCACAUUGCCAAGGAUUCAUCUACUGUUCGACCUCAACCUCAGAUUGUUCCAUUGAACAGAGAAGAUUUGAAUGGUUGCGGGACAACUACAUUCUCUUCACUUCUUAUUUCACUUCUUCCUAAUGUAAGCUCUAGCUUGAAUGAGCAAAGCCCAAAACGAUCUCCUCAACCUGUGAUAACAUCAUCACGUAUUCAGCCAAACAUUAGUGGGACAUGGAGGGAAAGCCGAGAAGCUAACGCAUAUGCAGAUAGAAGCCUAUACUGCAGCUUGAAGGAUGAAAGUGAAUAUGACAGUGAAGAGAAGUUGAAUACUGAUGAAGAAAAGGGACAGGAACCUUUUACUAAACUUGAAGCAACAUCUAAUCCAUGCAACCUAACAACAUUCCAGCCUGAUAUCAUGGAAGAAUCAUCAUUUUUAUCCCCAGAUAUGCUUGAAUUUUUGCAGUCAUCAGUUCCUAAUAUAGUCAGGGGUUGCCGAUGGGUGUUGCUAUAUAGUACUUUGAAACAUGGGAUAUCUCUUCGUACUCUACUACGUAACAGUGCCAAUCUUCCAGGCCCAUGCAUAUUGGUGGCUGGAGACAUGCAAGGUGCUGUAUUUGGUGGUUUGUUGAAUAGCCCUUUGAAACCUACAACCAAAAGAAAAUAUCAAGGAAAUAGUGAAACAUUUGUAUUCACAACAAUAUAUGGUAAUCCAAGACUCUUUAGGGCUACAGAUGGCACCAGUGAUGAUGUGUGCUUGAUUAGGUGCAAACAGAUAUUACUACAUGUGCAUGAACGACUUGUUGGCAUUUGGAGGUGGAGGCAACUUUGCACUGCGUUUGGAUGGAGAUUUCUCUUGCAAAAAGGUUGCAAGGUACCAGUGGACCUUGCGAGACAUUUGGGAACUUAUGCUUAGCACGUAGCAAGGAAUUCGAGCUGAAACAUGUUGAGUUGUGGGGGUUUACACAUUCAAUGAGAUAUCAUCCCCAGUGAUUGGAUGUUGCCAACACUGAUUUUUUUAUUUUUAUUGGUGUUUCCAACACUAUGAUUUAUCUAAAUAAUUUAUCAGUAUUAUAGCUAUAAUUUAUAUUGUGAGUGUAUUAUUUUUUGGACACUCUUGGGGUUUAUUAGAAUGAGAAAUUUUCUUGAGAAUUUGUGCCCAGGA